AAUUCCCCAAGAAGACUGGCCGAAUAAUCCUAUCUAAAUUGCCCACGGGAAGUAUAGAAACAAGAACUGUUCAUAACCCCAAUCUGUCUUUUAUUCUACUAAGUUUUCAUUUACAACUUUAAUGGAUAACAACCGAGAAUUUCGGGUCAAAGCCGGUAUUUUCUUAGCAGUCGUGUCUGGAAUCUCCGCAUUUGUCGGUUUUGGAACUACUGUUUUAACAGCUAGAAAACAAGACCCUAAGUAUUUUGGCAGAGGAUUGAUCCCCACGAGACAACUCCCAGAGAGCGGAGCUGCGUUAGCUCUUAGAGCGCUAGGGUGGGGAACCUUGUAUGCACAUUUAGGUUGUGGAUUAUUUUUUUAUGGAAUAUGGAAAUUAUCGGGUGCUAAAGAUUUAGCUGAAUUUAGAGAUAAAAUGGGAAAACUCUUGCCAAAUAUACCAAAAAAUAAUCCACCCCAGGGAAGGACUGAAUUUGAUGGCUUAAAUGAUCUGCUUGAAUAUAUUUCUCAACAAAAAAGAGUUGAAAACCAAAAAACCGACUGAUACUAGUUAGGCAUGUAGUAAUUUAUUAAAGUUUAUAAUUUU